ACCUUAAAGAUGUUGUAUACGCCUGACUUAGUCAUUCAAGGGACGCUUCAGUUAGAGGUCAUUUUCCAGUCUCACGCCAGGAUCUCCGAAAUUAAAUUAAUGUGGAUAGAAAAUUCACCAAGGACACGACCUUUUCCACUGCUCCACACGCCUCCCUUUCUCUUGAGCAAGGCGCAUCACCUGGCUCCAGCAGCGGUGGGUGCCACUGUCCCGCUGAGAGUAAAGUUGGCAGCGCAAUGGUUACUGGAGCGCUUCUCAAGGGCAAAGGAAAUGAGGGAAGCGAUCACAACGACAAAUGAGAUCUGCCGCCGCUGCCGCCUCUCCUUCGUCUGCCUUCACCCUCCAGUGCGGAGCGCUUGCACCGGUCAGGGGAGGGUUCUGCCCCUGCUCUAAUUUUAGGAGAUCGUGGAGAUGCGCCUGGCCGAGAAACGUCAUUUGAGUGGGGGCAACGGCGGGGAGGCUGCGACCGAGCCAGGGAAGGGAGUAUGCGGCACUUCGCCUCUGCACGCCGGGAUGACUCGUCGUAUCUGCGUGGAUGUGAUUUUACGUCCAUACAUGCAGGAUUUGUGAGCCAUCCCUGGAGAAGCACCGGUCACGCCACUGGACCUUCGCCGCUGACCUGCACUCGCUGACUGCUUGAUCAGUACAGAGAGGGAAAGUUUAGACACGUGCCCUCCAAAUAUCCGGAUUCUACCCCUGUUCAGAUUUGCGCAUUCGACUGCUUCGUUUUAAAAAAGAAGAAGAAGUUAACUUCAGGUUUCCAAAAUGACACCUUUGGUCCAGCCAAGCAAUAUAAGGUGGAGAAUGAAACUGGACUCUAAGAUCAGUCAGUAGGGGGAUAACGUCAUUUUGGAUGUUUUUUUGGAUCGGUCCAAAAUAUUUUUGUGUGGCCCCUGGACUCCUGCACAAUGGGGAUUAUGCUCCAAGUUAUUCUAGGAAUGUUUCAAUUCCUUCUUCUCACCAGAAUCCCGACGUCUCAUGCCAAGCUUGUUCACUGGCGUCCAGCAGACACCCCCAAAUAUAGAGAAACUCGAGAAGUGCGGAAAUGGCUGGAGGUGUAUUCACGCAGCAGCUGCGAGCCAAGGGAGACACUGGUGGAGGUCUGGCAGGAGCUGCCGGGUGAAAUCCACCAUCUCUUUGUGCCCUCUUGUGUGUCAGUCAGGAGGUGUGGUGGCUGCUGCGGGGACGAGGCCAUGGAGUGUGUCCCGUCACUCACACAAACACUCACAAUGGAGUUGUUGAGGACGUCCUUCAUGAAGCACGAGCUGAUUGUGGUCCCGUUUAUUGAGCACAGUCAGUGUGAAUGCAGACUAAAAGAGAACCUGAGACUCCCUCCAACAUUACGUCCCGAUCGAAAGUCAUCGAAAGACAGGGAAAAGACGAGAGGGAAGUCCAGGAACACGACCACCAAUGCCAGCAGCAUUGUGUCUCCUGUCCCCCUCUCUCCCACUACAAUCCCCACUCCCUCAGUCAGCCUGCCGUCGUGUCAGCCGUGCAGAGGGAGGAAGUGGGUCUUGGACUCGGCCACUUGUGAGUGCCACUGCUCCAUCACUGCUGAGAACUGCAGCCGCAAAAAACGCAGGCUGAACAUGAGACGAUGCAAGUGUGACGCUGUCAAGACCUGAUGCUCCUCCAUGCUCGACUGUUUUACAUUGGAUUCUUCUCCUGCUUCUGUAUCAUGGGGAAUUCUGUUGCAUCAAAAUCCAGCAUCUCCCACCAAAAGAGUAUUCACUUGAAACACAGUAGCCAUCAGAACUGCAGUCCCUCGUACUUCCAGUGUCCAAACACUUAAAUAUUCACAUCUGCGACUUGAGUCUUGGCGAACAAGAAAGACUAAACGUGCUUGAACUUUUCUGGAGGAUUCAGUUUGUCCUCGUGAUCUUCACCUGCUGUUCUUAUCGGGACAAGAAGCAGUGGGAAUGUAUUUAAUCACACCAACACUGGGGCAGCUGUCCUUUGUAGUGACGCUCUGUGGAACGUUCAAGGAAACGGCUCAUGGGGACGGAGCCCUUGUUCAAGGCCGCCACCACAACUGCAAACAGAUUAUAGAUGGACACAUGCAGACACACCAGACAGACAUAGGAUUUACAUGCUGGCCAACACUGGUGUGUGUGUGGAGCUAGAUUCUGGGAUGGAUCUGUGUGGUCUCGGCACUGAAAGACUCAGAUGGGUUAUCCCUGCAGCCCUUCUCUCAUAUUCAAAGCGUUGGACGAUGGACUGGCUCUCCAAGCCGCUUUCCAGCAUGGGUUUAAUUUGGUGCUUUUGUCUCCAUCUUCUUUCGCCUCCUGGACUGAAAGCAGUCGCUUUGCCUCUCUUUGCUUCUCUUUCAGGCAGUGAGGAGAAUGACAAUAAUGAGGUCUGGCGUCUGUCCACUGCUUCACACACAGCACAGGAACACAGACGAGACUGAGAAGCGACACCAUCUUUCUCUCCGUGCUGCAGACGACACACACGCAUGCAUAUUGACACACACAAGGAAUGUGACAUGAAUGCAGGUAGCCAAACCCUUAAGUUCCAAACGUGCACCAGACUCAAGUGCAGAGAAGUUUAUUAAAUACUGCAUUAUAUCAAUUCUUUUAUACCUUAUUUUUAUUAUUCAGUCCAGGUAAUUGCAACCAUAUUGCUUCGUGCAAAAUGUGUCUUUGUUUUGUUUUGUUGGACGUUAAUCCGCCCACAUAAAGAGCCACACUGGGUGGCCCGCCACCAACACAAUCUGCAUUUACUAAUGGGUCACUAAUGAGAGACGAUAUACAUUUUAAUGUGAAAUUCAGAGAAUAAGCAGGGCGAAGGUGCUUGCGUGGAGCUGAGAAAUCAAGCCAAAAGCCAUGGCCACGGUGGUGAAUGAGAAACGUGGUCGUUCUGUUGUGUGCGGGGAAGCGUUUUUGAGACGAGGCUCCUUAAUAUUCGGAUGAAAUCUCAGCUGUGACGGACCUUGGACAGGUUUGUCAGUCACCAUGAUGAGUGGACAUUGAGUUGAGAUCUCAAAUUUUGUCAUACAAAACUUUUGUACUACAAAAAGUAAUUCAAAAUCUCACUUUUCGUAGUACAAAUCAGAGGAAAUUCUCCUGCCCCAGUCCUAUUACAAGACUGCUUGCAGCAAUGGAUGUGGUUAGAAGUGUCACAUUUGAUAAGCUCUGUAUUUAUCCUGUUUAUUGUUUCCAGGGGCAAGUGUCCUCGUAAAUGUUAGUGUGUAAAUGCUUUCAACUACUACCUCUUUGUACUAUUAUUGAGCAAAUAUGAGAGUAUUAUCCUUCAUUUUCCUACCAGUGCAUCAUCAUUAUAAUCCUCAGAAUCUCUUAACCAGACCACCUGCUGUGUGAUCAGAAGAGGAAAAGCUUGCCCAAAAUUAUGUGUUAUUCCGCUUGUAGAUGAGCUUUCCUGACCCAUUUUUUGAGCCUACCACAGAUAACUAGAAGAGCUCAGUGACCACUAUAUUUCCAAAUUAAAGGUAAAUUAGUGCUAAAACUGAGACUGGAGAAGCAUUCAUGUUCUUAGCUAUCUUGAAUGUCACAGAUGAUUAAUGUAGUCAUUGCUUCACUGUUACUUCCUUUAGGAUGAGGCAAAAAUGUAGGUCAUUUUGGAUUGUUAAAACAUGACCGGUGGAUCACAGUGUUGAUCAAAUGUGCUACUUUAAGUCAUGACGCCGUUAAACACACCAUUUUGAAUCUGACUCCGACGGCAUGGCAGGAAAUACUUUGUCAAUCUUAAAUUCAAGCUCGGAAAUGUGGAACAACAAGAGUGAACUCAAUGCACCUUCAUUUGUAAUACCGUCAGAAAAAGACAAAAAAACUCAAAUGUUCUCUAAAACAAGUGUUGGCCCUGCUGUGACUGAUGGAGUGAGGCUGGUUAAGAAGGUCAUCCAUUAAUAGUAGGAAAUUGUGUGUAACCUAUUUUUAUUAGCUGCUUUCUCUGCAUCCCAUCUUGCCCUGCGAGCGGGUUCAAAACCCACUUUAGACCAACCAAGUAGUCAAGCUAAAGUGAACUGAAUUAUCUGGAUGUAUGGUUUAAUCAUUGUAAUAGCUAAUGUUGCCAUCAUCUCACACAACUUUAGAAUGCAGUACAUACUACUGUAAUAUCUCCCCCGUCAGCAUUUAGCAUACAAGGUUUACCUUCUCAAUGUCAUCCACUGUUCUAUAUUAUUCAUAAUCUCUAUUUCCCAUCUGUGGUUAUCGUGCUGUACACACUGUCUUAAUGUAUUUGUACCUUCUGAUGUACUGCCAAAAUACUAUACUGCUGUAGCCAUUAUAAGAAAAUACAAGUUGUUUUCGUUGCUGCUACACCAUUUGUGCCCUACUACAAUGUCUCCAAGCAAAGCCGUUGAAUUAUCUUUGUAACACCAAGUCAUGUCCUCACAGAGCAUCAUAGAAUAUAGAGGCUAUGAUCCCAGGAUAUAUCAGUGAUGUUGCAAAUGUUAUUAAAGUAAAUAUCUUAUUUUUCAAA